AUGUUGGGACUUUCGUAUUGGGUCGUUCCCAUCUUCUCCGCAGUAGUAUGGACCGCCAUGCUUAUCACCAUGUUGGUCUAUUGGGCUGCUACCGGUAAACCUCGUUAUGUUACAAUGAGCGAAGGGCAACACAUUCCUUACAUCUCUGAUAUCGGUGCGGAUUACCUGAAAGCUAUGUUUAUCGCCAUGUCCGCCGUGACCGUCGUCACUUUCGAUCUCGCCUUCAUUUUCGAGCGCUGGUUGCGACACACGAACAAACUUGCACCAAACACAUCCCAUUGGCAGAAGAUUUACUCCAUGUGCGCAACCGUUGCCGCCAUUGUUGGUGCAGCCGGUCUGAUACUGCUCACCAUCUUCGAUUGCAAGAACCAUAACAGGCUGCAUAACAUCUUCCUCGGUGUGUUCAUCAUUGGUUACAUCAUCUCGGCAAUCUUCAUUUGUUGGGAGUACCAGCGCUUAGGCAUUCACUACCGCGAGCACUCCAUCCUCCGGAUUUCCUUCUGGAUCAAGCUCUUCUUCAUCAUCACCGAGGUCUGCCUCGCUGUCGCCUUUGCUGUUUGCUCCAAGCAGCACGUCUACAACGUCGCCGCCGUUCUCGAAUGGUGUGUAUCCUUCAUCUACUGCUUCUACGUGUUCAGUUUCUUCAUCGAUUUCUUACCUGCCACACGCUCCAAGCACCACCAGUCCAAGCAGACCGAGAUGCAAGUGUUUGAGGAAAGCAGCGAGACAGAACGGAGCCACAUGGGUGAUGGCGCUGCGGACAACCAGCAAUACUACCGUGGCAACUCGCAGAUGGCCGUACCCCAGACCAACGGCUACACCAACGGAUACACGAAUGGCAACGGCUACACCAAUGGUAACACCAACGGUUACGUGUCGCACACAGCAAACGGAUACCCCAAGCCUGCGGUAGACCCGUCCCCACUUCCUUCGCAGAACUUUUAA